AUGUUCUUUGAGUUGAGAGAGUACCGCACAAAGCCGGGACAGAGAGAAAACUGGGUCAGGUUUAUGGAAGAGACCAUCAUUCCUUUCCAGACGGGCAAGGGCAUGGUCAUAGUCGGGAGCUUCGUGGGUGGGGAAGAGGACGACCUGUACAUCUGGGUGCGCCGGUUCGCCAGCGAAGAAGAUCGCGAGCGCCUGUACGAAGCCGUGUACGAUAGCGAUACUUGGAAGAACGAAAUUGCGCCUCCCAUUCCUGACAUGCUGGAGCGCGACAAGAUUGUCGUUAGGCGAAUCGAAGCAACGCCCCACUCUGUGAUUCAAUAG